UCAUGUCAAAUAUUCUACCUAAUACCGCCGAGAACUAACAUUUUCUCAAGCUGUGCUAGUCUAUCGCCUCUGCUUAUUAUCCUUCUCCUCUUUUCAUAUGCACUUUAUUACGCCUUGUAGGGUAGGUUGGUCUUGUUUGGAAUAGCAUAUACCUGAACAUAAUAAUUCUAAGCUAUACCCGCAUUCGUUUUCAUAGGCAUUUGAAAUAUCAUGGUCUGAAGCGCGGGGAACCCGGACCGGUGUAUUCGCACCAUGGUAUGUACAGCUAGGGGAUUGUGAUAGGAGUUACAUGCAUAUGGUCGCCAUCACAUGCUGGCUGAUCACAAGUUACUCGUCAAAUCAUGGUAUAAUCGCAGAAAGGGGCCACCUUAGGUCACACUGUUGGGACCUAUGCUUUAUACACAGUACAGCAACCUAUUCUUGUCUGCUUCCUAGAUAGUGGUUACGGCUAAUAGCCAACAAAUACUUAAGGCCCUAAUAUAUAUAAAGAAGCAUGAUAGAUCUCAUUAUUUUUCGCCCCUGUGAAAAUUUGGAGCUCGACGAACAGUAUUCCCCUAUGAAACUCGACCUGAAAAAACAGCUUGAUACCAAUAGCCACUACAGCAGAGUAACUUAUUAGGAAGCUACUGUUUCCAACAAUUAGCUUUUGCUCUCAACAUAUAUUUGGCAAAAAUGUUCAGAACAUUCACCCAGAUCAUUGCCUAUUAUCGCAGUUCAGAUGAAGCCCAGGGACAUACAUCCCAAGCCAUAGGCAAUGACAAUACUGUAUUUCAACAUGGGAGUGGCCACUGGAAUUUCAAUCAAGGAAAUUUCAACAGAACCUCCCAGCAAGGUUUACAGCAGCAGAACAGAGUCGAGGGGAACAAGAACGGGACAGCCCAAUUUGGCGCUAAAAACGUUUCCAGGACGGACGGGCAUAAAAAUCGGACAGGUCAGAACGGCGCGAACAAUGAGAGCCUAACCGGUAUGAACAGGCAUACAUCCACUCAAUUUGGUGUUGGUCACAAGCAUGAUUCCGGGAACUGUAGCGGAAAUACAUGCAACGAAGGAGAUCUCGGAGAAUGUGCGCUACAUCUCCAAGGUCAGCCACAUUUAUUGCAAUAUAUAAACUAUUGGCAAUGGGCGUGGAAUAUGGCAUGGGUGUGGGUGAGCGCUGCUCCCACCCAGUAGGAUGAUGAAGUGGCGGGAUUGAUCGAUGUCACAUAAUUUCAGUGCUUAUAAUCAAACAGGUACCUUGCCAACUGCG